CUUUCGUAGCAUUGCAGUGCUGCUGAAUGCAGUGACAGUAGAGUAGAACGGCAGGAUAUUAUGUGUGUGCAUUCCAUGCUUUACACAAGUGUGGCCAGUACUGCUGUGUACCUGCCCAACUAUACAUUGGUUAGUUUAUUUCUCUGCCUUUGACAAGGCUUGAAUCGUUGUGAUGUGACUGGUGGCAGUGACCCACUCUCUCCGCAUAUAACUCCUCCUCCUUCUCCCUCGUACUCACACACAGACAUCCUAUUGAGAAAAAAAGGGAGCUGAACUCUGACCUAUAUCUCCUGACACCCAUAAAGAGCGCAAACCCAGUGACGUCCUACCCCCCCCCCUCCUCUUUUCUGCUUUGGCUAGCUGCAAGAAAAAGCAGGAAACACGCCGGUUCCAGUGCAACGCUCUCAGCCAGCCGUGUGUGUGUGUGUGUGAGAGAGAGAGAGAGAAACAGACAGACACAGAGAGGGGUUAGGAGCUGAACUCCUUCUGCAGUGUGCUUGCUAAGCUGAGCCUAUCGUGGCUGCAUUGUGAAGAAGCCAAGACCGAUGUUGUAUUGCCAUUGACAUUUCCUGCUCCAGGCGCCAGCCAAUACGCUUUUAGCUGUGCCGGAGCGACGACAAAUGAAAUAUGAUAAUUUGGUGCUUGAUAGCCAUAGAGAGAAGCACAGCACUGUUGCGAUGCUUUCCCUGACAGGGCCAUGCAGAUGGGGUUCCUUCUCAAUGAAUGUCAGAAUGCAGGGGUGCUGAGGUACAGUACCUCUGGGACAGUCCAUCACUCACUCAGAACAGAGGACGCUGUUAUCCAGAUCUCACCAAGGUUCACUCAGCGUCAGUCGUGAAGUUUGAGAGGAAUGACCUGAGGCACAAGUGAUUGCUUUUUGCUGAGAUAUCCACCCCAAAGGAUCACCACUUCCUACAAGAAGUAAGACACUAUUAUUUAAAGUUAAUGUCAGGAGGCUGACUGAACUUGUGAGUUCCAUCACCACAUUGGCCAAAGCAAGAAAUCUGAAUGACUGUUAAGAAUCCCAUGCAUGGAGAAAGAGAAUAAAUCUGUAUGAAUUACAGGAUAAACCAAAAGAUACAACAAAGACGACACCUUGUAAAGAACCAAGUUCAGGACCUGCAGGAUUAGUGUCAACACCGGGUUAUAAUGGAAGAAAAAAGAAACUUUGAAGAAGAGCUGAGGAAAAUUGUUUGGAAUGACAAUCUUGAAGUUGUGUGUGAUUGAUAAUUGUUUUCAAAGGGACUCACCAUGAAGUGAACUUAAAAUAAAUGUCCGUUUUUCAUUGGAUUGUUACAAAGGAGGAAUACCAUGCCAGAACUUUAACUCAGUAACCAUUCCCAGCAAAUGUGAACAGACCUUUCUAAAGACAGCAAAUUUAGCAAAUGAAUCCUGCCAAUCUUCCGCAGAAAAGUACUUGAAGCCUUUCUCUAGGUCAUGGAUCCUGAGUCAAGCACUGCCCACCAGAAGAGUACAGGAAGGUCUGAUCAGAGCCCGGGCAGAAAGUCGAGCAAGGUUGAAGCUGGUCCUUCAAGUGGGAGGUCAGCCUAUCAUCUGGGCCAGCUCCAUCCCCAAGGAAGCCUCGGUGGUGACAUCAUCCCGUCCCAGCCGUGCUUUUCAGCCCCGUUACCCCUCCCCACCGAACGCACCCAUCAACAGGCUCCGGCUCCAGAUCUGCUAAAGCACACCAGUGCCUACUCUUAUGAGCAGGCGCGCCACACCUCGCCACAGCUGCUGCACCAACCCAUGGCGUCUGCCUUCAUGGCUCCGGUAAAGCCGGAUGUUGGCCUGGAGGGGCGGUCGUGGCACCUCUUUGACCCAAGGGGGCCGGUGGGCUCUGGGUCGUAUCUACCCUCUGGUCUUCACACACAUCGGCAUCUUCUUCCUUCCCAUUCUCCUGUCGUGCACAAGGAGGAGCCUCAGCCCGUCCAACCUGUCCACGGCCACCACACUGCUCAGGUUCCCUUAAAGCAGGAGGAGGUGCCCAGAAAGGAGAAAAAGCCUCAGAAACCAGGCAAGUAUAUUUGCCAGUUCUGCAGCCGUCCUUGUGCCAAACCCAGUGUGCUCCAGAAGCACAUCAGAUCACAUACCGGUGAACGUCCCUACCCUUGCCAUUCUUGUGGGUUCUCCUUCAAGACGAAAAGCAACCUGUACAAGCACAGGAAAUCUCAUGCCCAUAAACUCAAAGCAGGGCUGGUGCCCAGUGCCAAAGGAGAGGUGUUUCCUGGAACGUCCGGACUGGAGAUGGAGAAGCUCAGUGGGGAUGAACCUGAGGAACACACUGAAGGGGAUGAAAGCACAGACUCCGAAGAUGAGACUGCCGGGAUGAUGAGUCACCCCCUCGAGCCGCCGUCCAAACACAAGCACAUUCCAACCUGCGGCUCAUCGGGCACUCAUGAAUCGAGUCCCAGGCAGCCAGCCUUUACCUUGGCUCAGCCGAGCGAGACUCCAUCCCUCGAUGAAGGCUUGCAGCUUUCGGAGUCCUCCCUCGACCUGUCCUUCAGUCACAAGCCAGAAGACUCACACACCAUCAAGCAGAAGCUGGCGCUGCGGCUGAGCGAGAGGAGGAAGGCCUUGGCCGACGAGCAAUCCCAGACCUUUCUGAGCCCUGGGAGCAAGGGGAGCACCGAGUCAGGUUACUUCUCUCGCUCAGAGAGUGCUGAGCAGCAGCUCAGUCCACCGCAGGCUAGUGCAAAGUCUUAUGCCGAGAUUAUCCUGGGAAAGUACGGCCGCUACGGUCAGAGAACAGCCAUGAUUGCCACAAGCACCACGCAGAGGAUGCAGCAAGUGGAAGAAAAGCCAGCGGGACUUUCAUUUUCUGUGCCCAAAGCCCAGAUGGAACAGAAUGUCAUUGAACAUAUCACCAAACUCAUCACAAUUAACGAAGCUGUGGUGGACACCAGCCAGAUUGACAGCGUCAAGCCCCGUCGCACUUCACUGUCCAGGCGGGGUAGCAUCGAGUCACCAAAGUUGAGCACCUCUAGAGAUUCGUUUCAGUUUGACCUGAAGUCGCUGGGGUCUGGCAGCCUGAGCUCAGACGCUAGCAGGCUUGCCUUCUCAGCUGUUCAUCAAGGACACAGUGCCAGUGAGACCGUGCCUCUGACGAGAAGCAACUCCAUGCCUUCUGCAAGCAGCUCCUGUGCCCCGCCAGCCUUCAAGGGAAGCCAUUCAUUCGAUGACAGAAUGACAGAGCCCGACCAGGCCUUCAGCCAUGGCCUGAUAACGCACCACCGCAUGCUGAAGAGGCAGAAAGCCAUUGAGCUUCCUUCCGGGAUGGAGUAUCAGACAGAAGAAGCCGGCUAUCCGGCGAAGGAGAUGCAGAUAGCGCCUGGCAGGGCUAGUGAAGAGCAAGAGCCCAGUGAGACGGACCCCACCAAGAAGACCAAGAAAGGCCCCAGGGCCAAAGGGCUGAUGUACGAAUGUGAUAUCUGUGGGGCCCGCUACAGGAAACGGAGCAACUAUGAAACACACAAGAAGUAUUACUGCUCAGAACUGCACGCCCCAAGAGCCCGGCCCUACCUGCCUCCCACCCCUCAGGAGGUGGAGCGCAGGCCCCUGGGGCAUGACAUCCAGCCGCAGAUUGUGCACUACAAGCUCCGUCCCUCCCUGGAGCUCACUCCGGCGAGGAAGAGGAGGAAAGAGAAGAGCCUUGGAGAUGAUGAGGAGCCCCCAGGUGACUAUGGGAGCAGGCCGAGUCCUGUCUCCGUUGCGGGGCCCUGCAGCAGUACCCCUGCCCAGUCUUCACUACUACCGCUCUCUCAGAGCUCGGGCCUCCCGCUGGAGAGGAGCCCACACAUGGGCAAAGGCGAAGCCCAGCUGGUGAUGGAAGGGAAUUCGGAGCAGAGGGCCACGUCCACUGAGGUGAAGCCUCAUCCAGCGCCUGGCCCAAGCCCAGAUGCCAGUGUCAAGAGAACCACCGGGAAGGAGAUCUCUGUCAUUCAGCACACCAACAAGCUGAGCAGACCCAGUUCCUUCGAGAAGUCUGAGGCCCUGGAGCACCUGGGCCCGCAGGAAGGCCCGUCGGCCGAGUACUCCGCUCAGGCUGGCGAGGCCGAAGCAAUAAGGGCUUGGCAACCGUCUGCCGAGCCAACUCGGCCACACCACCCACCCCUGCAAGCCCGGCUGGUCCGCCAACGCAAGAUCCAGGUGCCCGAGAUCCUGGUGACUGAGGAGCCCGAUAAGGCGGAGGAAAAGAAGGAGAAGGAACCGUGCGCCAAGGAGCCCGAGAAGCCGCCUGAGGAAUUCCAGUGGCCUCAGAGGAGCCAGACGCUGUCGCAGUUGCCUGCUGAGAAGCUGCCGCCGAAGAAGAAGCGACUGCGGCUGGCCGAGAUGUCUCAGUCAUCAGGCGAGUCCAGCUUUGAGUCAGCCACGCUGUCGCGGAGCCCCAGUCAGGAGAGCAGUGUUUCCCUUGGCUCUGGCCGCUCGGCGUCCUUCGAUAGGGACGAGGCAGCAGCAGCAACAGCUCCCAAGGAGGGCAGCGGGACAGCUAUCGAGGUGCACAGCCGGCCCGCUGCCCCGCACAUGCUGACGGUACCCACCCACUACCAGCAGCCACGGGAGAUGAGGCGUUCCUCGUCCGAGCAGGCCCCAGGACACCAACUACCCUCGGAGGUGGCUGAGGCACGCAGCAAGUCCUUUGACUACGGAAGCCUGUCCUCAGAGUUAGCACCGGCCGCCAAGCUGUCAUCACCCCUCCAGGAACGGCGCAGGUGCUUGUUGGUGCGCCAGGCCACGCUCAGCUGCUGUGCCGAGCCCACACCUGACCCCCAGCUUGGGCCCAGGCCCGAGAAGCAGGAGGCGACACUACCACAGCCAGUGGGAGCCCCAGGCCCACCGUCACACUUCCACUCUCCCCCUCCUCCCACCGCCCUGCAGCCCUACCCCAGCCAGUCGACUGAUGCCCCACUGCCAGCUGAGACCUUGCAGCUGUUCCAGGGGCCUCUGGCAGCAGAGCAGAAACCAAGUCCACCGCCUGCCUUCAGGGGCCAGAUGUCCGCCCUGCUCUCUGCGCCAGACGUGCUACCAGGCCCCCUGCCUUUCCCCCUGUACCCGCUGCACCACCUCCCACCACUGCCGGCGGACUUGCCAGCCCGGCCUUCCUCACUCCUGCCCCCGCCAGCUCUCCCCUUGCUACCAGCUCACUCCCAGAUGGCCUUCCAGCUGCAGGCUGGGCCUGGAGCCGGCAACUUCAGGGAGCACAAGCCCCCUUCUCAUCUGUCCCCGCCGAUCCGCUUGCCUCCUUUCCAGUCACAGCCCGAGUACAGCGCAGCUAUUUCCACCACCUCCCCCUCAGUUGCCCAGCCCAGCAUCACCGAGUCCCCGGAGCCCCUCCGUCCCACAGUGUCAUUCAUGGUGCCUGUCAGAGUUCAGACUCACAUGCCGACCUUUGGGAGUGCGAUGUACACCACUCUGUCUCAGAUGCUGGUGACGCAGUCUGCAGAGAGCCCAGCCACCGUGGUCAUCUGCAGGGUUGAAGACAGUAGACCCAAAGCCACCCUUGUGUGCAGUGCUGCAGUGCACGGCAUCGGGCUGGAUCUGGCACAGGUGAUUGCUGGCCGUCACCAGGACUUGUUCCAGUCACCCUAUCUGAGAGUACCAUUGCCCGUGCCAGAAAGGAAAGACUACGUGCCACUUGCUCCAAUGACAGAGGGUACUUGUGCACCAGAGAGUUAUCCAUCCACUAUUGGCGGAAGCAAACGGAUGCUGUCUCCAGCGGGGAGCCUGGAGCUGACCACGGAGACCCAGCAGCAGAAGCGAGUGAAGGAGGAAGAGAUCGAAGAGGGAUCAGAAGAGAAAACAGAAGAAAGAGCAGACGAUGCUGCAAGAAGACAGUCCCACCAACCAGCAAGACGUUGCCCAGCUGAGUCCAAAGCCUUACCUGUCCAGACCUCACCAUCCCUGCAGCUGCCCAGGGCCUCAGAGAAACACGAGCUCUGGUCAGGAAAUCAGUAUAGAGGUAAAACUCCCCUAGGCCCGGUGAAGAAGGAAGAUGCCCAGGAGGUGGCCCAAGAGAGGAGUCCGCUACACUUGCAAGAGCUUCAGACACUCCCUGCCAGCACUUUACCCAAUCCACCCUCAGUCGCCAGUCCUACAAAGCCCAGCAGGGUUGUGAUCACAGAUGUCAGCGAUGUCCAGCACGUGCUGCACUUCCCUAGCCUCCACACCACCACCAACGUCAGCUGGUGCUACCUGAAGUACACCAAGCCAAACCCCACACAGCAAACUGACCGAAGGUCCUCUGUGUAUUCCAGUUGGUGUAUCAGCCUGUACAAUCCCAACCUACCGGGCAUGUCCACCAAGCUAAGCCUUGCUCUUCUGAGGUCAAAACAGAUGUCCAGCAAGGAAGUCUACACAAUGGCCACAGCUCCACAGCGACAGACAGGGAAGUUGGUCCCAUCGAGUACAAGGAAGCUCCGAGUUAGCGAGAUUCAUAUCCCUUCCCUCCUUUCCGGAGAUGGUGGAAAAGAAGCCUUCAAAGUGGAGGAAGAAGAACGAAGAGAGAAUCGUGAAGAUGAUAGUUCAAUGCCGAAAAAGCUGGAGCCGACGCGAAUUAAGAUCUUUGACGGCGGGUAUAAGUCCAAUGAAGAUUAUGUUUAUGUGCGAGGGAGGGGAAGGGGAAAGUAUGUGUGCGAGGAAUGUGGAAUUCGCUGCAAGAAGCCAAGUAUGUUGAAGAAACAUAUCCGCACCCACACAGACCUUCGGCCAUACGCCUGCAACUAUUGUAACUUUGCCUUCAAAACCAAAGGGAACUUGACGAAGCACAUGAAGUCAAAGGCUCACAGUAAAAAGUGCCAGGAGAUGGGAGUGACAGUUGCGUUAAUGGAAGACGUGGAAUCUGAAGAAGGAACCAGUGAAGAGCCAGUGAAGCGAGCAGAAGAAAGUGAGGGCACAGACCUUGCAGAAGAGCAUCAGUUUUCAGAUGUUGAGGAGUCAGAUGAUGAUGAUGAUAAUGAAGAUGACGAUGAAGAGGAGGAAGAAGAGGAGCCAUAUUUGAAGUCUUUGGACACUGCAAGCACCAUUCCCCAAACAGCUGGAUGUUCCAGAGCAGAGACCACAUUCUCACCGUUAGAAAGCACUGCAAUGCAGGGAUCAAGUUUAACCAGUCACUAUUCAUUGAUGAGUUACUCAGUGCCAUCAUCUCAGCUUCGAGCCGCACAGCUAACAAAAUCCUCAGAGUCAUCUAUGAUUCCUGCAUGUCACAGUGGAUCACAUAAGCAGGAAGGAAGCACUCCUAAUCCUUUAUUGCCAUUGACUGAGCAAUUCUCAUCCGGACAAAGAGAUCCUCUGAUGAAAAGGCACAGCAUCCUAGGUACAACUGUUUCAUCAUCAAUAGAUACAUCACCUAGAAAGCCAUGGUCUCCAAAGAGAGAGACAUCACUUUCCUGUCCAGGAGGCAACAUACCAUCAGGAAAACGCUCAUCGCCAGAGAGAGAGGCAACUCUCAAAGAACACUCGUCCUCAAGAAAAGAGACAUCACCUCAAAGACAUUUCUCUCCAGGAAGGGAAUUGUCACCCAGGAGAUGCCUUUCACCAGGCAGAGGCAUAUCACCAAGAAGACACUUGUCUCCGGGAAGGGAACUGUCACCUAAGAAAUGCCUGUCACCUGGGAGAGUUUCACCCAGGCCACACUUGUCACCAGAAAGAGAAAUGUCACCCAGACGAACUUUGUCAUCAAGGUACCUAUCUCCAGCAAGAGAUGUCUCUCCAAAUAGGCAGUUGUCACCAGUGAGUAAAGAAUCACCUCUCAGACACUUUUCCCCAGUGAAAGAUGAACUGCCAAGCAGAUGCCUAACACCUAUUUGGCAGAGUAGCCAAGGCUCUGCUUUCCUUGCACAGCACAGUAGCUCGCCUUCAUUGGGUCUACCUCAACAGAAAUCCAGCAAAGAGCAGGAGCAAUCUGAAGUGAAAAUGAUGUCUCGAAUGGGAUACCGCAGCUUCUGUGAAGAACCAAGUACAUCAUCCCAAGCUUUGCAUUUUUGCUUUUCGAGGAAUACUCAGACACCACUGGAUGGACAAAGUUACUGUGGGCUAACUGGGAGCACACAUGAUUAUGUUUUCAGUCACCUUCCUCUGCACUCACAACAGCUGGUCAGAACACCCUAUCCCAUGAUCCCAAUUGGUGGCAUUCAGAUGGUUCAGGCAAGGCCGGGCUAUCACUCAGGUUUGGUGCCUUCACAAGUCUCUCUACAAUCGGGGUUUCCUGUAAGCCUAUCUGCACCCAAGCCACUUAGUACAAGCAAGUCAGAGGCCACAGUAUAUUUAGAAGAAGCAACCAAAUUAUCUGAAGCAACAUCUUCUGAAUCUUUGCCUUUACAGUUAUCUUCUGCUCCCAUGGCACCUCUUAUAACGGCAUCUUCUCUGACUAAGAGUGGGAAACAGAGUGUCACUUUACCAAGGACAGAGAUUGCUGAGUUAGAAGAAGCAGCAGAAUACAGACAGGCGGAAUACAGGGUACCAAUUUAUUCUGAACCCAGCACUAUUGCAGCUCUGAGCCGCUCAGGAAAAGAAGCUGGCUCAGUCAGACUGGACAGCCCCAGCACCAGCCACGAGCACUCUCCAAAGCCUUCAACAUGCGGUGAAGGAACCUCAAAGGAUUUGAGCAGGAAGCAGUUUGGAUGUUCGGACACCUACUACGAGUCAGCCUGCACUUUAGCCACCCUGCACCCUUUACAAGGAAGCAGCGGUAGCAGCUCAGCGGAAUCUUUGAGUCCUUCUCACUCUUUCCAAACUGGUGCUGACAGGACUACUUCAAGUGGACAGUGUCCACCAGUUAGAAUGCAAAUGGGAAGUUGCUCUGAGUCUAAGGGUGAAGACUUCAAGCACCUUGAUACACAAAAGGACAAUGAAACAGGAAGCUCAUAGCAACCACCACCAUGCAAAUUUGCCAAUGAAGAAAAUGGGACGGCAUUGGUCAUAGGACGAUGGGACGGUAUUGGUCAUAGGGUGAUGGGACGGUAUUGGUCAUAGGACGAUGGGACGGCAUUGGUCAUAGGAUGAUGGGACGGUAUUGGUCAUGGGACGAUGGGAUGGUAUUGGUCAUGGGACGAUGGGACGGUAUUGGUCAUAGGGUGAUGGGACGGUAUUGGUCAUAGGACGAUGGGACGGUAUUGGUCAUAGGACGAUGGGACGGUAUUGGUCAUAGGGUGAUGGGACGGUAUUGGUCAUAGGGUGAUGGGACGGUAUUGGUCAUAGGACGAUGGGACGGUAUUGAUCACAGGGUGAUGGGACGGUAUUGGUCACAGGGUGAUGGGACGGUAUUGGUCACAGGGUGAUGGGACGGUAUUGGUCAUAGGACGAUGGGACGGUAUUGGUCAUAGGACGAUGGGAUGGUAUUGGUCAACACUAGUUUCCUUCAGCUACUCACAGAUGUUGUUCAAGUGAAACAUUCACCUAUUAUAUAUGUUAACAUGACCAAAAUUGUCAGAAGAUUCCUGUUUAAAUUGUCCGAAUCCAGUAUUAUUUAAACGUACACAGUUACUCGUGCCUUUCUCCCUUAUUUUGUGUCUCCAAAUGUAUAAAAAAAAAGGGGGUGGAUUUAGGUGGGGAGGGUUGGGGAGAAAAAGAAAAACAUAUUGAGGCUGUGAAUAUUUUUAAGAGCGAUGUGAUCGAUUCGUAGUAGUUGUCUUUUUUUCCCCAUUUGAAAUGUCCAUGAGUAGAAUGAUGUGAAGCAAAAGGGAAAAAAAAUAACAUUAGUGUGAUGAUGCACUGAAGACUUAUUUUUAUAUAGAUCAAAUGUAAACUGCUCCUGUGUACAGAAAUAAUUCUAUAAGGCAUAUUUAUUGUAGUCUGUAUUUAAUUGUUUAUAAAUGGAUUCAUUUCCCAGCAUCCUGGUGGUCUUUAUGUGAGCUUUUUAUCGCUUCUUAAACAGGCAUUAUAACAAAAGAAAAAAAUGCUUUAUUUUUGACCGUGGUUGUGUUUACCCUUUUGCAAUGAUUGACUCAAAGCACUUAAGCUAUCCUGUAAGGAUUCUUUCACAUAAAACCCCUUCCAUAAGUCUGGACAGAGUGCAAUUUCCAAUGUUGUAGAUGACAUUAUCAAUAAUUAUAUACAGCUAAAGUAGAGCUGGGAUCAACAGCACAGAACCCAGAUUUUUUUUUUAAUUGGAAAAAGCCUUUUUUAAUCAAACACAAACCUAAUAGAUCAACCGUAGGUAUAUUGAUCUAAAAUUCCAAAUCACUAUGGCAGCAACCACGAGUAAUCUGCUGGAUAGUAAUUGGGAGAGAAUGGCGAUUUGGACCUUUGGCUCCCAAAGCUCUCCAUGCACGAAGCAGGAUUCCUUGCAUCAUGUCUGAAUCUGUUGCAAGCUAAAUCAUGGAGCUCAAUUCCCACAAAACGUUCAGAAACUUCAUUAUCAUUAAUUCAUGUGACUACCAGGAUGGGAGAGGGCUAACCAGAUCGACCAUUUUUCUCUUGUCUAGCACUGUUAAUAACUUUGAGAUGCAGAACCUUUUAAUAAGAAGUCAUAGGAUGCACAGUUCCCAAUCCAAAGAUGCUUUUGGACAACCUUUUACUUGUUCUAAUUUUUAAUGUGUGUCGUGGCCUUUUUGGGAUGAGGGUGGGCUGAGGUUUGCGGGUGGUGAACGAUGGGGGAAUUGAGAGAAGGCUGAGGUCUAUUAGGGGCGGACUGCCCUAUCAGCAGUGUCUUUUUUAGUACCUUGCCUCAAAAGUAAAUUCUUUUGUCCACAGUAUGCCAUAUUUUGAUCAGUUCUAAUGAAUGUAAUAUAAAAAAUAUAAUGUAUGUGUAAUGCACUUGAAAGCAUUUCAGACACUUUCCGAUGGAAUCUAGUCGAUGUGAAAGAGUUCUUAAGUUUUAUAUUUGCUCUAAUGACAUUCCAUCAUUUUGGCUGCACUUAAAAAUGCUUAAGCACAGUAUUAUUUUAAAUUUAGUUAGCUAAUGUAAAUCUAGAAUUUCCCCAUCAAACGGUAGCGGUUCAGGGUUUACCUAGGUCAUAUUUAUUUUGUAUUUGUGGAUGUGAAUGCCAGUACUUACUGCCCAUCCUGAUAUGUCAUUAACAUGGCAACGGUAUUAUUAAAUCUUGAGGUACAUAAGGAUUUUACCCAUGUACCCCAUGGGCCUUUUCACUUUACUGUAUUUUCCCUUUUUAUCAAGAAAAUGGCCAUCUCUCUAUGCAUUCUGUAUGUUUAUCUUUGGAAAGCACUCUGUUACAGCCUGGUAAACCUCGUUCCGCUAUGCAUGCGAUGAUCUUAAAGAGACAGAUUCCCUGCUUCACAUUCUUUGUGUCACUCCAUUCAUGUUGCAGUGAAAUUUCGAAUGCUAAAGAAUUGCAUUACCAAUAUCAGGCUUGUUGGUUGACUUUUCGAAUGAAUUGCUCAAUAUUUUUACAAAAUUGUUGGAAAAAUUGGAAAAUGAACAUGGUAUCACUUAUCUCGCAAACCCAGAUCUGCACGAGGUGCAAUGGAAAAGGAUGCUGUCUCUUUAAAAGCAAAAAAAAAUGCCAAAGUACUUGGCACUCUUGAAGACUUUAUAUGGAAAAUAAGAAGCAAGAUCUUAAAAUGUACACUUGCAUGAUAUCAGCAGUUUGGCACUUAAUCCCACUUUAAUUCCUGAACUGUUAACGGGAAAUCUGUAUUGGUAAAUUUGAUAUUUUUCAAGAAUAUUGAUUGUUCUCCUUUUCAGAGGUUGUGUGUAAUCUUAAAAAUUGUCAGUUUAAAAGAUAGUUUCUAUACAUUUUGUUAAAAAAAUAAUGGCAAUACAUUCCAAAAAAGAAAAUUGUAAAUAUGUAUAGUUCUACUAUGUAAUUGGUAAGAUUGCCUGGAAUUAUUUUGAAACACCAAUUUCUAAUACUGCACCUUGCAACACUUGUAUAGGGUAUAUCCAUAGAUAAAUGCAGGUAACAAAAGCACAGAGCUGGUUGUAAAAUAAAUGGAAAUAAAUUUUAAAAAAGGAGAAAAAAUAUAAGAAAAAAAGCAAACAGAAAUCUGGAAGUCAGUAUUUGAUGUCUGUGAUCUCUAUUGUAUAUCUACACAUCUGUACUGUGAAUGGAAAUGUUUUUCACAAGGAUUAUAUUUGUCUUUACCACAUUUCAAAACUGGGAAAGGAAUCAGGCAUCUUUUUUAAAAGCAUGUUGGAAUAAAUUUUACAA